GAGCGGGUCGAGGCUACUAGUAGUACUUUACUAAGGGCGCUCACUUACUGGCAAGUGGCGUGCUGCCGUUUUUCUCUCUUGCUUGUACUUACCCAAAAGUGCACUUUCCUGCGCUGUUGCAAGCAGUUCACAUAUUUGUCGCGCUUCCACGCCAAGGGCUAGGAAGGUGCCUUCGCUUGAAUCAUUCUUCCUUGUGAACACAACCAACUCACUCCAAUUGUCUGUUCCGGUCAUUCUGUUCCCGCUGUUGUCCCAUCAUGGGCCUGCUCGCGGUCGUUCUCGACAGCCUCUGCGAGCGCUGCUCGAACACGUCAAUUCUAGUACUCCUGGGGAUUGGACUGUCAUCCCUGCUGGCUGUCUCCGUCAUUCUCAAUGUCCUAAGACAGUUGUUAUUCAAGAACCCCAAUGAGCCCCCUUUGGUGUUUCACUGGUUUCCAUUCAUAGGUAGCACAAUUAGCUAUGGCAUGGAUCCUUAUAAAUUCUUCUUCGACUGUCGCGCAAAGUACGGCGAUAUCUUCACCUUCAUUCUCCUCGGCAAAAAGACAACAGUGUAUCUGGGAACCAGGGGCAACGAUUUCAUUCUAAACGGAAAGCUACGUGAUGUCUGUGCUGAAGAAGUCUACUCCCCACUUACAACCCCUGUCUUUGGGCGUAACGUGGUAUAUGAUUGUCCCAAUGCCAAACUUAUGGAGCAGAAGAAGUUUGUCAAAUUCGGUCUCACAUCAGAUGCCCUGCGUUCAUACGUUCGUUUGAUCACCAACGAGGUAGAUGACUUUGUCGAGCAUUCUGCGGCUUUCCAGGGAUCAAGUGGCGUUUUUGACGUCUGCAAAACCAUCGCAGAGAUUACCAUCUACACUGCGUCACGUUCUCUUCAAGGAAAGGAAGUCCGGAGUCGGUUUGAUUCUACUUUCGCCGAAUUAUACCAUGAUCUUGACAUGGGGUUUGCUCCUAUCAACUUCAUGCUCCCUUGGGCACCCCUUCCUCACAACCGGAAACGUGAUGCUGCACAGAAAAAGAUGACCGAAACUUAUAUGGAGAUUGUCAAAGAACGCCGUACGGGUGGAAACAAGAAGGAUUCUGAGGAUAUGGUCUGGAACCUCAUGUCCUGCGUAUACAAAGAUGGCACUCCUGUUCCAGACGAGGAAAUCGCACACAUGAUGAUUGCCUUGCUUAUGGCUGGCCAGCAUUCUUCUUCAUCGACAGCUUCAUGGAUAGUCUUGCACCUUGCAAGAAAUCCAGAAAUCAUGGAAGAGUUAUAUGCCGAACAGAUCCGUGUGCUUGGGUCAGAUCUUCCACCUCUUACUUAUGAAAAUUUGCAGAAGCUUGACUUGCACGCUAAGGUCAUCAAAGAGACACUACGAAUUCACGCGCCGAUCCAUUCAAUCAUCCGCGCAGUCAAAAACCCAAUGCCUGUGGAUGGCACGCCAUAUGUCAUCCCAACCAGUCACAAUGUCCUUUCAUCGCCUGGUGUUACCGCAAGAUCAGAGGAAUAUUUCCCUAACCCUCUCAAAUGGGAUCCUCACCGCUGGGAUGAGACUAUUGCAGCCAAUGCGGAAGAAGAAGAUCAAAUUGAUUAUGGAUAUGGUCUUGUCAGCAAAGGCACUAAUAGCCCCUACCUUCCAUUCGGUGCAGGACGUCACAGAUGCAUUGGUGAGCAAUUCGCCUACGUGCAACUUGGUGCAAUUACCGCGGCUUUGGUCAGGUUAUUCAAAUUCCGCAACCUGCCAAACGUCAAGGAUAUCCCGGAAACAGACUACUCGGUAAGUCACGCUAUCUUCAAAGCGAUCAUGUGUCGACCUUUCUGGCUACGAUUGACAAGGCUGACCAAUUCUAGUCUCUCUUCUCCAAGCCUGCUGGCAAGUCUAUCAUUCAAUUUGAGAAGCGCGCUACCACCGUUAAAUCAUAACGACCUGCCUCUGUUACUGCAUAGAAACCGCCUUUUGUGAUUGUUCUCAAACCUCUUAUGUAAUAUGAUGGAAAUGACUGGAUAACAGUCUUUCAUGGGAUUGUUUUUAUUUUGUUUCUCCCUUGGGGCUUUAAUGGCCGGUUUUUUCUCAUGUAAUGGCUGCUUGUACAGUACUUCAAUCCAAUGUCUUGAUCUAGGGUUGACUAUGAGUGAGGAUUGUAUUUUGGGUACGCGAUUUGCUCGCAUUUGAAGAGGCCUUAAUG